AUGUACGAGAUGAUCUGGCACCACAGGGACAGGCUGCAGGCCCCCAUGGAUCCCUACACUGUCAAGAGUUUGUUGUGGCAGCUGCUCAACGGGCUGUCCUUCAUGCACCAGAACUGGAUCAUACACCGUGACCUCAAGCCCUCCAACGUGCUGGUCACCGGGGAGGGCCCAGAGCCCGGCUGCGUCAAGAUUGCAGACUUUGGCCUGGCGCGGGUCUUCCAGGCGCCGGUGCGUCCGCUGUACGACAAUGGCGUGGUCGUCACAAUCUGGUACCGUGCGCCUGAGCUGCUGCUGGGUGCGCGCCACUACACGCGUGCCCUGGACAUGUGGGCGGCGGGCUGCAUCUUUGCGGAGCUCAUGACACUGCGGCCGCUCUUCCAGGGUUCUGAGCGCAAGCAGGCCGGCGCCCCUUUUCAGUUUGACCAGAUUGACCGCAUUUUUCGUGUACUGGGCCACCCCUCGUCCAAGACGUGGCCACUGCUGGAGCACCUACCGCACUGGCACGACAAUACGGAGAACGUGCGAGCCAAGCGGCUGGAGUGGGGUGCGCCCCGCCUGGCGGAGCACCUGGCGGAGGUCCUUCACGCGCAGGCAGAGGCGCAGCGCGCGCACGGCCGCGCGGAGCCGGCCGUAUUCCGGCCCAGCCCCGCGGGGCUGGAUCUGCUGCGCCGCAUGCUGGAGAUCGACCCCGCGCAGCGCAUCACGGCGGAGGACGCGCUGCGCCACGACUACUUCACAGCAGAGGCCCCCCUCCCGGGGCCCAACGCGCUGGUGUGCGGCGGCGUGCAGGUCGCCUCGUACCCGCGCCGCAACCGCACGCAGGUGCCAGGCCCCGCGGCGGGCACGGGUGCGGCGGCAGCGGGCGGCGCAGCUGCGACCGCGCUGGCGCCCUCAGCGGCUGCGGCGCCAGUCGCUGUGGCGGGCGCGUACGACGGCGCUGGGGCCCCGGCACUGCUGGCGGCUUCUCAGCCUGCCCUGCCGCCGCAGCCGCACCACGCGCCCCUGGCCAUGGCGCAGCAGUACCUCCCCGUGGCGGGGGCCGUCAGCGCCGCACUGCCCAUGGCUUCGACUGGCGUUGCCGCCCCUUUGGCAUUCUCCGGCUGCAUUCCCAGCUCGCUGGUCGCUUUCACCAAGACGGGCGUGGCAUCGGCAGGGAUUCGCAUGGCGGCGGCGUCGGGGGUGGUGAUGGUGUAG